AUGACGGCGAUUACAACGCCUGGUAACUCGCCGCAAAAUCGCACGUCUACUGAGAUCGUUCGCGCUGGGGAGCCAUCUGACCAAGCGGCUCCUACCGGCCAGAAGCCUCGCCGGACUGUCAACAGCGCGCGGCGGGCAGCAGCCGGCAAGGCAAAGGUUAAACCGGAAAAGCCCAAGCUGAUGACCCCGGUGGAGUAUGCGCAGCACGUCCUGUCUGACGAGCGCAAGGCAAAGCUUCACAAGACAGACCACCUCAGUGGGAGAUGCAUUUUCUACGCUGGGGGCGAUUAUCAGUACGCCAGCGAGUCUACGCGAGGAAAGAUGGAAUAUAUCGUGAAACAUGGUGGGACGCUCGCGCCGACGUUUGACCCCGAGGUCGUUACGUACAUCAUCACCGACACCACCGCCCGCCCCACCCUUCGUGCGCUCGGCCUCAAGUCCCUCACCGAGAUUCCGCAGCACAUCCCAACGGUGAAGUGGUCUUGGGCCAUCUCGGUCGUGAGCCGUGCUCAAAAGGCCGCCGACCACGUUCCGAAUCAAAUUUUACAGCGUGAGGACACGCUGAUAAACUUUGACUUCAUGCACGCGGCGUUCGCCGAGCGCAUCGAUGCUGGCAGCGGGUGGCAGAAAAUUACGAGCGGGCGUGCAAAGGGCGGGGCAGCGCUGCAGCGGCUCAAGAAGGAGGAGGACAAGGGCAAGAGUAAGAGCGACGUGGGUGAAGGGGGGCCGUCGAACGGCGACUUGAGCAUUAUUUCGUGCCCUGGCACAGUUGUCCCUUCAACACACGAUAAUCCGUCGGUGGACGCCUCUGAAAAAAUCGACCCGUCUGGCAGCCUCGAUCCCCCGGGUGACGAAAAGUCAAACGACCCACUCGCAGAAUUUUACGCGGAAGCCAAGGCCGAGCAGGACGCAGGGGAUACUCACAACCGUGAUAAGGACGAGACCGAGGAUGAAGCGUCGCCAGUCAAGGCUAAACCGGCCAAACGAGGAUGGACGUGUGACAAGAAAGAACCGCAACUUCCAACAAAGGAAUGCGCCAACCAAGACGUCGUCGACGCUCUCGAACAGCUUAUGGAGCUUCACAAGGCCAAGUCCUCGGAGGACGAUCGCUGGCGCGUCUUCAGCUACGGAAAAUGUAUUCGUGCUCUCAAGAAUCACCCCAAGCGCAUCAAGUCACUCAGCCAGGCGCGGGCCAUACGCGGAGUCGGAGAGAAGACUGCCAUGAAGAUUAUGGAGAUCAUCGAGACCGGUGGCUUGAAGAGGAUCCAGUACGAAAAUACGGAGGACGUAGAAGCCACGAAAAUCUUCCAGGGAAUAUACGGUGUCGGUCGAAACACCGCUUUCGCCUGGUACGCCAAUGGCUGCCGCACUCUCGACGAUAUCAAGAUGUGCAAAGGAGGCAUCAAGGUUUCCGCGGUACAGGAAAUUGGGAUCAAGUUCUACGACGACAUCAAUACUCGUAUACCACGGGCGGAGGUGCAAGAAAUUUUCGAUCGUAUCAAGUCUGUUGCGCUCGACAUGGACCCGAAACUCUUUAUAGAAGUCAUGGGUAGUUUCCGGAGAGGAAAAGCCGAUUGCGGAGACAUCGACGUCCUCAUCACUCGCGACACCGCAGACGGCAAAACUCAUGCAGGGUUUCUAUCCAAGCUACUGGAUGAACUUCACGAGCUCGACAUUUUGACGGAAGACCUGUCUGUGCCUGACGACUAUUCGGACCUCGAGCUCUGCUAUCGCGGGCUGUGCAUGCUUCCGGGGCUUCCAGGUGCCAGACGACGGAGAAUCGAUAUCCUAUGUGUACCGUGGGAAUGUCGGGGAGGGGCUUUACUUUAUUAUACGGGAGACGAUAUUUUCAAUCGUGCUAUGCGCAUGAAGGCUAACGUGCUCGGCUACUCUCUUAACCAAAGGGGAUUGUACGCUGGAGUCGUGCGGGACCCGAAGGAUAGACGGGUCAAGCUUCACGGAGGUAGUAUUAUCGCGUCAGAAACCGAAGAAGAAAUAUUCAAAGUGCUAGGCGUUCCUUGGCAAGAACCUCACGAACGUGUUAGAGGAUGA